AUGGCCGUGCAGUCGACACUGGUGGAUUGCGGCCGGCCUGAGCCGAGUGCCGAACACCCAGCAACACCACCAACUAGAGUACUAGUGUUUACCAUGAACAAGCCCAGCUCAGCAGCAAUCCUCAUCACCACCACCCUGUGUCUCUACCUCUGGCUCAUCCAGCACCACCACCAGCAUCCCGCGCAAACAGACCCCCUCAAGCACGCAAGCACAGACCGCAGACCACCCAGAAAACCAGCAGCCCUCCACCCCACCGCGGCUCAGCGGCUGCCCACGCGCAUGGCCCACGCCUGGCUCGCCCAGGGGAUCCUGCCGCCGGCCGCCAUCAACAGCCAGCCGAUCGACCUCCUCUGGACCUGGGCAAACGACUCGGCGCCCUCCGACACCGUCCGGCCCUCCUCCGAGCCGGACCCGACCGCAUAUCUCUACCGGCAGCACGACGAGCUCCGCUUCAGCCUCCGCUCCAGCCUCCAAAGCCUCCCCCCAGCCGCUGUCCGCUCCCGGAUCAUCAUCACCCCCGACGAGCCCAACCCACCCUCAUCGGGCUUGCCCCCCGCUCAACAGGCCCGGCCUCACUGGCUCGUGCCCACCCCAGAUCAACUGAACCCAAAACAAUCUCAUCAGCCCGUCUCCCUCACUCACCACUCCCAGAUCUUCCGCUUCAUCAACAGACGCCAAGCUCUCCAGGCCUUCCAAUGGCUCAAAAACUAUCUGCCCUCCCACAACAGCAUGGCCAUUGAAAGUCAGUUCGGUCAUUUAGACGGCAUCCAGGAUAACUUCCUCUACCUCAACGACGAUUGCUUCUUCAUCAAUAAAUUCAAUCUGGGAGACUUCUCCAGUGAGCUAUUUGGGCCGGUCUUCCGGAUCCAGUUCGAUCUCAAAGUCCAGGACGAUCCGGAAGACCAUUCGGGGACAGUGGCUGCGCAAGGAGAGUGGCCUUCGCUAGGAUACAGUAAUCAUCUCUUGAGUCUGCGGUUCGGCAGACGCGAGCGGAGGUACUUGAGCCAUCUUCCUAAGGUCAUCAACUUCCAAAUCCUGCGUGAAGUCUCGGAGAUCUGGAGCGAAGAGAUCUUCCUCACGGCGUCGUCGAGAGUUCGUGGACAGGGCCAAGAGCUCAACAUGAUGUUCCUUGCCACCUGGUACCACAUCGAGAAACAUAGAGAGGCAAUGUUACAUUCAUUUAUCAUGCUCCAGACGGACAGCAACAGAGACGGCCAGAUCGAUGCGAAAGAGAGGGCGAAGAUGAUGACGCGGCUGGGGGCCGGGCAGGGGUCCACGAUCGAUGUGCGGAGGCCGUUCCGGCCGCGCGGCGGGGCAGUGGAGGACGGGCUGGGCACGGCGCGGCCGGCGGAGACGGACUACGAGUGGCUGUCGAGCGACGGCUACCCGUUUGCGGGCGAGGCGGGGAAGGUGGCGGACUACCGGCACGUCGGGCCGGCGACGGGGCGGGGGGUGUGUCAGCUGAACCUGACGGCCUGUUUCCCGGCGCCGCCGACGGCUGGGACGGAGCGGGCGGAGAGCGUGCUGCGGCGGGUGGCCAGCGAGCAGCCCGGGUGCGGCGACUGUCUGCUCGCCCUCCUCGUCGGCAAACGGCCCGCCGGCAUCGACGCCCUCCUCCCGCCCGCCUCCCUCCGCACCCGCCUCGCCGAACUCGCCCGCCCCGCUGCGCUCGUCUCCACGCCCUUCUCCAGCGCCCAUAAACGCGCCCCAAACACCGCCUUCUACUCCUCCCCCUUCCCCCGCCUCUCGCGCUUCUCCAGACGCGGCUUCCUCGCCGACGACCCGCGCAUCUGGGCGAUCCGGAACAUCCAGCGCUACCAAUACGUCCUGGGCCACUCGCCGAAUACGUUCGACGCCUUGACGACCAUCUCGUCGAGUCGAAUGGUGCUCGACCGUCUGUCCGAGCAGUUUGACGUCAAGCCUGCGACCAAUUCCUCUUCCGCGGGCAGCUCGCCCUCGUCGUCCUCGGGAGGAGCGAGGGGCGCCAGGGCAAGUGCCGCCCAUCGAGCCAUGCUGGUCACCAUCAACGAUCGCAUCUUCGGCCCCCACCUCGACCGCGUCCAUCACCUCUUCACCACCUGGCUCAAUACCUCGUGGCCUACUCCCGCCCCCUGGGAAAAAAAUUAA